CGCGCCCGCACUGUCGGCCCCGCGUCCUCUGCCUUUCCCUCUCGCCCACGCGACCGCCUUCUGCGCUGAGGCCGUCGGAGAGCAGCAAUUCAUCACCGCAGGGCCCUUGCAGUCGCAGGCAGUUGCACCAGUGUGGGCCGCCGGAAGAGGCAGUCUGGGCCAUCGUGGCGCUGUCCGGGGUCCGGCUCAGCGCGUCCGGCUCGACAGCGACGACAGCCACCUGGGCGACUUUUACGCGCAGACAGCGAGGACGCCUGCUCGGUACGCCGUCCCAGCAUCCAACGAACCGUCAUUGCUCACGAAGCCCUCAGCUGCUCUCAUUCCCGGUCUAGCCUGCCAUCUCACGCCUGGUCACCUGGCCCCGCCUUCGCCUUCCUUUCCCUUUCGCAGAAGUACUUGUCUCACAGGUUCUUAACGGCCUAGCCGCCUGCCCUGCUCAACAGCAUGCUGUCCCUCACAAACUCCCUCCGACAGAGCAUUUGUCAGACGCGGUCGCGCUGGCAGAGACCUCUGGUCGCUGCUGCUUCAGCCGAGGCGCGGAGACACAACUCAAGCCUAUCACUAGAUAAUGUCACCGACACCCUCAAGAGCCAGGGCAAUGCCCCGCUUCCGCCAGAGGGGGGCCGCCCAGAGAUACGUAUCAACUACGACGAGAUCACCACUUUCGAUGGUACCGCACCUCACUUCAGGCGCCACAAGUUCUUGGUCCCAGACAAGCUCUCGCACAAAGCACAGACGAUGGAGACCCACCCGCGCAAGAAACCGAUGUGCGGCCCCAACGCCAAGGAAUCGCGGCAGCUCGACAUGUUCCACCAGCUCAACAUUGACCCGCUACAGGAAGCAUUGAACUCGCGCCUGCUCACGGGUUUCGUGUCAGAAAUGGGGAAGAUCAAGUCGCGCGCCGAUACAAAGCUUACAUGGCGCAACCAGCGCCGCCUCGGCAAGGCGAUCCGUCGCGCGAAGAUGAUGGGUAUCAUCCCGGUCUUGAGCAGGCGGACGCUCUUGUACAACUUGCGAGACACCUAGUCGCCGUGUGUAGUUACUCGACUAUCAUGGGGCGAGGCGCUAUAGCGGUGAUCACAUUGAUGAAUACAUUGCCAUCUUUCAAAGCAGAGCGUUUCACGGUCACGCAAGCGGGCUUGACGGCAGUACAGUCAGCAAACC